AUGGAGACGGAUCUGGAAGUGAAAAAUGUCAUCUCCGAGCUUCAGUCAGGCCACGGCAGUAGUCUGUAUAGUGCUCUGAUCAUGAUACGGACAACCCUCAUCAAAUCCAAGAAUUCCUUGAGCCAGCUGGUUCAGAUGGGUGCUGUUAAGUUGCUGGUGCAAGUUCUGGAAGAUCGGCGGCGACAUAAGAAUCAGACAAAAACAACUGAUAUUGUGAUGAGCAUUUUGGCAAAUUUGUGCUUGGAGGAGGAUGUGAGGGAGCAGGUUGUAUGUUGUGACGGACUGUCUGUUAUUGCUCGUGUCACCCUGUCAGCCGAGCAAGAGAGCAUCCAAAACAGAGGAGUGAGGGCGCUGGCAAAUUUAGCUCUUGACGUGAGCAACUGUGAAAAAAUCUUUCAGAUGGAAGUUCCAACGUUUGUAGCAAAAAGGCUGAUGGAGUCAGAGGAUGUGGAGUGUCGAUCAACUUAUUGCAGAGCACUACAGUUGUUUGGGCAGACAGGAAAAGAUGCAAGAAGACUCAUGGAGGAAACUCAAGCAAUCCAAGCACUUGCAGCAUUGCUGAAGUUGGAUAACAGAAAACUGGCAGUGAAAAGUCUGAGGAUUUUGUCCGAGUUGAGUGCACUAUGCUGUUGUCCCAGUUUUACUGGGCAGAUACUGGCAGCAAACAUCCUGGAAGAGCUUGUGACCUUGGCUGAUGAUGAAGACAGUAGUUCUGCGUCCUGCUCCCUGUCCAUCAUCUUAAGACUUUGUGAGCAGGAAGUUAUGCGGCCGGCUCUAGGAUCUGCAGGCAUUAUCUCCCUUCUGGUAAAACUAAUGAAAAGUGACAAGAGCUGUGUCAGCAAGGUGUUGGCACUCAACGCACUCUGUUUGUGCACUAAGGAGGCGGUAAACAGGAACAAGAUACAGGAAGCAGGCGGCCUGGAGUUGUUUAUUUCAGCUUUGAAUAUAAAUGAGCCAGGUUCUUUUUCCGAGGGCCAAUUUUCAGUUUUGUACGACAGGAUAAUCAGUUCGCUGGUGAAUUUUCUCUACAAUGAUGAAUGUCUGGGGAAGCUGCUGGAGCUCGGGUUGGUGAACAUCCUCUUGGAGCAUCUAAAGAGAUCCUGUAGUUUCAGUUCUGUGGGUGAUGACUUAAAGUCAGAAAUUGAUUCUUUUGCAGUAUCAUUUGAGUCUUGUAGUAAAGACAGAAGCGGACACUUGGAAAGAGGUAGCAAGACAAACACGGCGGGUGUGAGUGGCUCUACCUGUCACAGAAAUGACAAUGUUGCUAUGGAACAAAAUUCUGCUGCCUCUUCUUUGUCGUUUUCUAGCACUUCCAUGCAGACAGAAGAUACCAGAGAUGACUGUAAGAGUAAUUAUUUAGAACUCCCCUCUAGCACCCCUGUUCUUCAUUAUGGUAUGGACACUGUAGUUCAUGGAGUGCCAAGGAAAGAGUCGAAUACUGAUGAUGAAAAGACAGAUUGUGUUGUGGAUAAAAACAAUGGUGAAAUAGCUGAAGAUGUUGAAGUGGAAUUGCUGACCUCAUCCAAAAACCUAGAAAAUCCUCUCCAGCAUUCGGAUAAAGCUCGACAUACGUUCAGCAUCAACAGUCCCACGUAUCAGAUGGAAACGGCCUGGAGACUCGAAGACUAUACUUCUGGUGUCACAUGUAAAUCUUUCAGUCUUGAUCCAGAGCCUCACAGAACAUCUCAACACCGUUCAUCUUCCCCGUAUUAUCUGAAUACAGACCUGCUGCAAGCUCCCUACAGUCCUCUGAGUGCUGGAGCUUCCUAUUACUCCCCAUCUCAGUCCUCUACAUCGCCAAGUGUUUUGUUGUCCCCAGUACAGUCAACAUUUCCUAGUUCACCAUCCUCAGUCUCCUAUCGAGGCAGCCCCACUUGGGGAUACUCCAGCCCAGAAAAUGAGAACAUUCCGGCGUCUGCUGCCCGAUUGUUCAGUCCCCACAGCUUGACAAGUAUGAGUCCCCUCUCCUUGGCUUACCAGAACCAGUUCAGCCCCCUCAGCAAUACAUUCCCAGCCUCCCCCUUACAUUUGUUUGGCGAGAGGUAUUCUCAGAGCCCGACCCAGAGCUCACAAAAUUCACUGUUUAGCCAGAGCACUUCUUUUCUAGAAAAAUCAGAGCCUAUGGACCUGGAUCAAUUGUUGGUAUCGUCAAGAACAACCUCAGAGGCACUUUUCACAGCUGUACCUCUUUCGCAAGGAACUAGUGAACAUAUAUACUCUGCUUCAGAAGAUGAUGAUGAUGAUAACAAUGCCUGUGAUAGUGAACUGGAUCCCUCAGCCAUUAUUGGUGGUAGAUUUGCUAAUGAAGAUGCAGAAUUGUAUCCUGUUGCUGGCUGUAGCACUAGUGACAAUAUAAACAGUUCUGUGAAAUCAGUGUCAGGUUCUGUCAGACUGGUGUCACACAAAAGAGGCAAAACUGUGAAUAAUUCCACUUGUUCCACAAGUGGAUCAGCUGAUGGGCAACGUGAAGUCGAGAGUGCUGAGGCUUCAAAACGGAGACGGCUGAAUCAUACAUCAUUGGUCAUAGAACCUGUUAGAGGACAUUGUAAUGAGGGACCUUCUGCUGAAAGUGUUUCCAAAGCUUUAGAUCAUUCUUGUGGAUCUGUAGCGAAUACCGGUUUGAAUGAUGAUGAAGAAAUAAAAAAUGUGCCUCAGAAAUUCACUGUAGUUAAUUCAGCCACUUGCAGUUUGAAGAUGGAGUCUGGAUUUCAGGAAAUGUUACCUGUUGUAACUGAUGGAAAUAACAAGAUGCAUGGGGAAACAGAGAUGCAGAGACCUUCAUCUGCUUGUUCAACCCUAGGUUUUGAGAAAUUCAGACAAAGAUCAUUCCAGCGAUUGGCAUCAUUCCCUGGUAAAGAGAAACGGUUAGCAAAAUCUCCACACUUCAGGAAGCAUCUUUCAGGCACACUUUCAUCCAAGCCUAGAAUAACCGGAUCUCCCGCCGCUUCACUGCUGCCUGGCACUCACAUUAGUGAUAGUCCCUAUAGAUCCCCUUUUUCAGAACCAGCACACAAUAAUAGUGUGAGCAGCCAGGGCAUAAAAAGUCAUUCCGAAACAAAGACACACAAAAUCAUGGUAAGAAGUAAUUCACAAGAUUUGUUUUCAUCACCACUACCAGAAAACGGCUCAAAAGCCUCAGAUGUCGACGGAUCCAGAAGAGAAGUGAGUUCCAGUUCUAAAAAAGAAACAGCUGGAAGCUCUGAUCAAAGUAUUGAUGAAGCUAGAGUGAAAAAGAUUCGCAGGACCACAGAGGCAAACAUUUUGAUACUCCUGGCGCGAGUUUCUGUCAAGAUAAAUCCAACUCAAUUGUUGGCAGAAAGUACAGUCGUCAGUUGCCUACUGGGAUACAUAGCUUCGGCACCCAACCCUAUUCGCAGAAGCUGCAGGAUUUUAUACAGACUAUGCAGCAACCCACAUUGUUUUGAAAAAUUAAUUCUAAUGCAAAUGCCCGCCUUGAUUGUGAAAACACUUGUGCUGGAAAAUGACGGAACAUUCCCGCACAGUUUGUUUUGUUCAGAUAACAGAAAUAUCAUGGAUUUCCUGCCUUCCUCUCAGGGGUCAGAGUGCAGUGGGUCACAGACAUCCGAGUUUGGAAGAAGGAUGGACUUUGAGUUCACUGGUGAUGCCUAUAGCAAACUGACGUCGAAGGUACAUUCUUCCAUAAGAAGUAUCUUCCAGAACAGACAUAUUCUAGUUGUAGAUAGUGAAGCAUUAAGAGUCAACCAGGGGGGUGAUGACAUUUAUGAAGUGGGCUCUUCCAGGGCAGAAUCCUGUGUGAGAAUAGGCUUGGAGCUGUUGUAUACAUUGGGAGCUGUGGCCAUGUCCAAAUUUGGAGAAGGAGAGAUACAGCAUCUCCUUGCCAGGCAUUCGACACAGAACAAACUGGCAUGUGUCAUUAGUAUGUUGCAUUUACAAGUUGGAUGGUGCACUAUUACUCGGGACAAGUUUUUCACCAAGUACAGUCUCUGGGAUAAAGUUCUGCCCUGUCUGUUUACCCCUGAAGCUCCUGUUAUCAGGGAAACCAUAGUAGCAGCCGUAAGUUUAAAUGUUCACCUAGACAACCCGGGAAAACUAACAAAAUUAGUCCCCAAAUUGCCAGUCUGCCCGGACUUGGAAAGCACAUCCCGUCAUGGAAGAUCGGUAAACAAACAAUUUCACGAGCAUGUAAACAGCAAGUCAAAAUCAAACUUGAAACCAUCUCUGAGAAAUGCAGAGAAAACCACUCUACAUGCUGAUAGUUUUGGAACUUUGAAGCAAAUAAGCAGUGAGUUUGUUAAUGACGGAUUGCAAAUCUGUGAGCAGACAGGUUCCGAGUCCACAUGUACAGAGGAAGUUGACAACACCGCAAGCUGUAGUUCAAAAACAGAUUCUUUCUGUCCUUAUCAGAAUAUGUCUCUGAAGCACGAUGUUUGUUUUUCUGUAAUAGAUGAGAACAAGUACAUUCACAAGAUACGUGCCCAACGAAAGAUCUUGGUGGAGAAAUCAGAAGUCUUCGCUGCUAUGUUCUCUGGAUCAUACUCUGAGUCUGUCCAGGCAGAAAUUAAUGUGCCAGACGUUAGUAAAGAUGCAUUUGAGUUUAUUAUCCAUUAUUUACAUGGAUGCUCUUCUGAAUGUCCUCUCAUUGCAUCACUCUGUAUGGAAUAUGUUAAAGAUCAAAUUGUUACAGCAGAAAUGUGUGUGAGGUCAGACAGUACAGAAUCAAGCUCAGUGGCAAAGCAAGGUGACGGAAUAAUGUGCGAUGAAGAGCAGAAUGUCAAGGAAGAAAUGGGUGCAGGUAGGAAUGACAGUAUUUGUGUGGUAAAUGACAGUUCAAAGUCAGAGCUUGAAGCUGGAAGAAAGCGAACGGAGGCUUCAGCAAACAUCUCACAGGUGUUGGAAUUUAUGCAGUCACAAGAUUCUCUAGACAGCCUGACACUUGAAGACCGGCCGCACGGCGACGAGUUACCCCAUGCUUGCCGUAAGCUCAGUUUUUAUAAUCCCUUCCCUAAUGGUGGUAAUAAAGACACCGGGGUUCAGAGCUCGGAAGAAAUAGCUCGUAAAUGUUUUGACGAAUUAAUCACUAGAUGUCAAGACAUCUUAGAGCUGGCCGACAGAUUUCUCCUGCACGACCUGAUGUUUUAUCCAGCUUCAGUGCUAGCUCACGUGUGUUUGUGUGAGCACACGGUGGAGGACAUUUUCCACCUUGCUUGUUUUUACCAUUUAGAUUCCCUGGCCUUUGAUUGCAUCAGGGAAACGUUGAUGUCUUGUCUCCCAUGCAGCGACGCUGCUGCCAUCUACUUGCAGCUGGCCGAGGAUGGGUACAGAGAACAGGUCCAUACAGCUUUACAGUGGCUGGUGAAUCGGGUGAAAUAA